CCCAUGGUGUACUAAUAGGCGAUCUACGUGUAAAGAUAUGAUAUAGUCUAUAUGAAACAACAGGAAUAUGAAUCCUGAGAACACAGGAGACUCGUAACUAACUCUUGGCUGCUUGCUAACACUCACUCAUACUAACACUCACUCUCUACUAACUCUCAGUACUAACACUCACCUGCUGCAUUGUAUGGAGGGAGGCUAGAUGUUGUAAUGGCUCAGUGAUAAUGCAUGUAUGAGAUUAUGUAUAAGUUUGAUGAACGACCACGGGAUGAUGAAAAUGAAGAUGAAGGUGUCAAGUUUUUCAAAGAGGAGAGAGAAGAGGGGGCAAUCUACAAUAUUUACCUGAAAAAAGUCCACUACAAAACAUUCCCUGAUGAGACUCCCGGGGAUCCAAUCAGUCAAGUCGGAGAAUCUUCCUUCUACGUUGAGGCUGAGUCUGAUGAGAAAGUGUCGCAUCUGGCAUGGCGUAUGGAACGUAUCCGAGCGAUCAAAUGUGGCAGCUUGGACAAACUUGUAGAGUGUCUAGUUGAUGAGAAUGGGGAAUUAGACUCGACAUAUGUCAGUAUAUUCCUCUCAACAUAUCGGGGAUUUGCCAGUGCUAAACAAGUCCUUAAUAUCAUGUGUGAAAGAUAUAAAUGUGUGUCAUCAGAUAAGCACAUGAGGGAGUCAAUUAGGGAGCUCAAUAAAAAAUCUCUGCGAUCUGUACUGUCGGUAUGGCUAGAUACUUACUCAGAGGAUUUCAAGGAACCCCCAAACUACCCCUGUCUCAACGCACUUUACAAGUUUACCUCUAAGUACAUGCCAGAUAAUGACCUUGCCCUCAGAGUCAGACACAGAAUUGAUAAGUUUAAAAAAGAGGAGGAAAAUGGCAGUGCAAUUACAGUGAGUCACAGUGAUGUGGACUUCAAGUUUACAAUGUACAGUGAUAUUGGCUUCAUGAUAGACUCAACAUCACAGAAACUACAACUCAAAGACAUUCCAAAUAAGCUUCUAGCUGACCAACUUACUUACACAGAUGCUAAAUUAUUCAAGAAGGUUGUGCCCCACCAUUGUUUAGGAUCAGUGUGGGCAUCUGGGCAUAAACAGAAGGGUGAGGAGGCGCCAUCUAUUGUGGCCACAAUCAAAUUCUUUAAUGCAGUCACAUAUAGAGUUAUUGCAACCAUACUAAAGAACCCAGAUCUGAGGUCUAGUGAAAGAGCCAAAGUUAUUAUACAGUGGAUAAGUGUAGCACAGGAACUAAGAGCACUAAAGAAUUUUUCAUCUCUCAAAGCAAUCAUAUCAGGACUACAAUCUAAUGCUGUCUACAGACUGUGCAAGGUCUGGAGUCAUAUUCCCAAGGAACAUCUCAAUGUAUUUGAAGAGUUGUCCCUUAUCUUCUCAGAAGAGAACAAUCAACAAUCAGCCAGAGAGCUACUUAUGAAGGAAGGCACGGCCAAAACAGCUGCUAGACCCCAGGGUCACACCAGGAACAAGAGCUGGUCAAACUUCUCAAAUCUCAUCUCGAGAAGAAAGUCUAUGGCAGACUAUAGUCACUAUUCAGGUACAGUUCCAUACCUAGGCACAUUUCUAACAGAUCUAACCAUGCUAGAUUCUGCUAUCCCAACUACCACAGAUGAGGGACUCAUAAACUUUGAAAAGAAUCGUAAAGAGUUUGAGAUAAUCGCCCAAAUCAAAUUGCUACAGUCUGCAGCCCAGAUGUAUCAGAUAAAGGGUGAUUCCAGCUUUCAGGGAUGGUUUGAUAGUGUCCGCACCUACGAUGACAAAGAAAGCUAUGAGUUGAGUCUAGCCAUUGAACCACUAGAGGAUUUCUCACCCAAGACUCCAAAAGGACAUAAGAAGAAAAGCAGCAUAAGUGGGAUUAGUUUCACAUCUCUGGAGGGUUCUAGUCCGAGUGCAACGAGCGUUAGUGCCAGUAUAGAUGGCAGCACUUCCUCUGCAGAUGGGACUCUUCCGUCUCCUAGCCUACAAGUUCCACGGAAACAGCUUCCCCAUGCUGCUUCCUCACACUCUCUGAAGUCCCUGGAGCCAACUGAAAACUGGACAUUCAAGUCUUCAGAGGGCUGUGUCAUUAGAGUCAGUCUGGACACAGCAGACAAUCACUGGACUAACAUAUAUAAAAGUGUACUGCUAAGCAAUAAUGACAGGUCCCCAACAGUGAUACAGGCUGUCCUGAACAAAUAUAAUCUUUCAGAAAAUAAGGAGGAUUACUGUAUGUCCCAAAUAUUACCUGAUGGAGAACUGCUGAUUCCAGAUAAUGCAAAUGUGUUCUAUGCAAUGAACAGUGUGGCAGACCCGAACUUUGUAGUGCGCCGAAAACACGAUCAAAGAACGUUAAAACUGAAAAAAUCUCGGAAAGGUGCAGCUAAAAAACUCUUAGGGAGUUUGAAUACAACUUUAUGAGGGUUGUCAAUUUAAUGAUGGCAUAGAACCCGUCAAUGCAUAAGCUAUUCAAGUAAGCCUUAGAGAAAGCUUCAAAUGGAAUCUUUUGUGAUCUGCCAAAAGCAAUAUAAGAUGAAAUGCAACAGAUACAAAGUUAUGCAGUCUGCAGGCAACACAAAAUGUAUUUUUGGAUAACCAGUUAUGAGAGCAAUACACCCUCUAUGGUGUAGAUAUAGGCGGAUAAAGGAAAACUUUUUAUGAUAAAAGGCAGUAUGUAAUAGGAGCAUUUCUAAACU